GUUUCAUCGGAGUACAAGAGAAUAAAAUCUUAAGUUUUCAGACAGAAAAGUGACGAAAUGUUAAAGUUCUUUAUUUGUCUACUAGUGACCUCAAGUAACGGCAUUCAGCCUAGUGAUGUAGUAAUUUCCGAUGAACAGUUGGCAUCGAUUUUUGGAACAAAAAAAGCUCCUAAUUACGAAGUUGUCAGUACUGCAUAUUCCACCAAUGAUAAUGCGACAAAUGCAGACGUCCGAGUAUUACAAAUAACGAGUUUGAAUCGGGAUAUUAGACUGUACUUGGAACCCGUUAACGGAGUUUUGGCUGGAAAAGACACGCCUGUUUGGGCAGUACAAAGCCAUAGGGAUGCCCCAUUGGGUGUAAAAUACACUCAAAUCCCUAAUGCGAUAAACGAUGCUAUCCAGGUUUACCAGGACUCCCACCAGAAGGCAGCCAUAACGAGUAGAUGCGACGAGAACGGCAACGUUCAUUUUGAGGGAACCAUUGGCGAUAAUUUAGUUAUCCGUCAGUUGCCGAGUGAAUUACGAGUUAAAUUGUUGAGAGGCAGACGCAGCGCGUCCCUGCAUAACGAUUUUCCGCAAAACUUCCGCACGACGUAUCGCGACGAUCUCGAGUAUGAUCAUGUACUCAUCGAGAUACCGGAGAUGUCGGUCGACCGAACGCGAGAAAAAACUGGUCCGUAUGUUUCGAAAAGGGGACCGUCACGGCCGAAACGCGACAUGAAUGUGCCAGCAACGAUUUUUCCGCAGAUCUUGGUAGUCAUCGAUUAUGACAUCAGAUUGGCCUUGCCAAACUCCAAAGCAUUGAUGCAGUACAUUUUGUCAUUUUGGAACGCAGUUGAUUUACGAUAUCGAGUUUUUGAAAACCCAAACAUCCGCAUAAACAUCGCGGGUAUAGUCAUACCAGUGGAUGCCAACGCGACUCCUUAUCUGACGGAUCAUCGGUUCUCGGACCCCGAAGGACUCGCCAGCGUCGACGCGGACAAAGCCCUGAACCACUCGGGAAGAUACUUUUACGACGAGAUGACGAACACAAACGCAAAGAGAUUAGUUCUGGCGGAUAAUUACGAUGCAAUCAUGAUAAUGACCAAAUUGAACUUGUGUAACCGCGAGCCCGCGGGCAAUAACCCAUUUGACGACUGUGCCACCUUAGGCUAUUCCUUCCGCGGAGGCGCUUGCUCGGUAAACGCCGUCGAAUCACUGGUAGAGGCAGUAAGCCUUGUGGAAGAUCGCACCGGGUACACGGGAAUUGUUCCAGCUGCCCAUGAACUUGGACAUUUAUUCGGUGCUCCUCAUGAUGGAUAUAAAGAAGCAAACAAGUUACUUUGUCCUUCGUACGGAUACAUUAUGUCUCGCAGCUUGACGUUCAAUGAAAAUUUAUUUAUUUGGUCCCAUUGCAGUGCGGAGUAUUUGAAAGAGUUUAUUCACUCACCCAAAGCCGAGUGUCUGUUUAAUGAGCCUCACGCAGGCUCGAUAGCACCCCGUAUCCUGCCGGGGAGAAUCUUGUCGCUUCACGAGCAAUGCAAGAGGAUAGGAGCAUCGCACGCUUGUAACGUAAGAUUUUUUUUGGGAUGGCUCGAUUUUGUUUUAUGUAAAACACAAAUAUAG